AUGCUUGAGAGGAAAGUUCUGCAGAGUGCGCAUGACCUUUGUUGCAACCAGAAAUGCAUUGUGAUGCCUUCAGAUAUGCUAGAUUGCAAAUACCAACACAGGGUUCAACCGAAUCUGCCCAAGCAUAGGCAAGGCAAGCCGAAGCUGAUCGCUGUCACGCUUGUUGUCUUCUCUUGGUCCCCCUCCGCGUCGCCGCACGUUCAAAGAACCAAGGAGAUCAAGCGGCCAAGUACGUUGCAGAGACGACUCCUGCUGUUUCACUUAAAAUGGCGAGAAAUAGAAAAUUUAAUUUGCUUAAGAAAUGCGAAGCGCCGCGAUUUUCGCUCAAGGCACGGGCUGCUUGACACCCCCCACGUGAGGAACGAUGAUUUCCGAAGGCUGUUCUGCUUUGAAAAAGCCCUCCUGGGCGCCCUUCUGUCGGCGUUGGAGGUGCCCGAGUCUUUCACCGCGGCGCAAGGCGCUGCUGUGCCGGGUGAUGAAGCACUGUGCAUGAUGCUGCGGUGUCUCGCGUACCCCAACCGGCUCUUCGACCACGAGAGGGUGUUUGGUCGGGACUCAUCAACCAUCUCCGGUAUUGCAAACCUGGUCAUAAGCCACGUCCAUGAGAAGCUUGGCCACUUGCUGUCCGAUAUGAAUAACCACAGCUGGCUGCCGCUGGCGAGUCUGGAGCUGUUCUCACAGGUAAGACCCUGCGCCUUUCGUGUAAAUUUCGGAUUGCAACGGGUCGUUGCACUGUUUGAUGUCUCGGAACCGUUUUGUAGGCCAUUACAAUUUGCAUCGUCUUUCUUUGGCGUGGACUAG